UUUAUUCUGUUUUGUACCAAGCACGGAAUAGCUGUGGAGGAAAACUCCCAGUGUGGACUCAGUUGAACCUCUUCUAACCUCUGCAUGCUGGCUAUUUGCAUGAUGGUCCUGAAAAAUUGUACAGUAGUGCACUCUAGUGGCAACUGGGAUACAUGAGAAAUAUGAGACUGCUGUGUCAUUUUUAGAAACAACUACAUUCAAGCAGAAACAAUACUAUGUUUUUAGGGGAACAGGAACUGAUUCUCUGAAGUUAGUUUCAUUCAGGAAAGAGAGUGAGCACAGUUUACAAAUAUUAUGAAAGAAUCUUUGCCAAAAUAAGAACAAAAGAAAUAAGGGAGCACAAAAGAUACAGGGAGUCAUAGAAGUAGAAUGGAAGGGAGGGGAAAAAGAUAGGACAGGUGUUUCAAAAAAGCCUCCCAAAAGGUGUCUGAACAGUGUCUGGACAGCAAGAGAAUGGAGCUGAAUAUAGCAGAAAAGGGGAAUCAAGAACAGGGAGAAGACAAUGAGGCCUUUGAAUCACAGGAACAGGAUCAGAUAUGUGCUGAUGUGGACAGUGCUUCUGAAGUUACAGAUGAUGCACACAACAGCACAAACCAACACAACAAAAGCUUGCUGGAGAAGAAAAUGGAGGCACUCCAGACCUGUUUGGCUGAGCGCAAAGAUCAGAUUCACCUGAUUAUGCGACUAGUUUUAGCAGCAGGCUUCGUUGCCAUGGUGAUAGCGGCAUGUGUUCUGAACUUCCACCAGGCUGUGGGGCUGCUGGUCAUCUCCUUGGUAACCAUGUUCUUUCUGGUCUGGGAUUGGAUGAUGGAACGCUAUAGCGACUGGGUGUGGGAGGCUCUCGCUCCUAUCAGAGUUGCUCUCACAAGAAACUGGUUUUGGAUCAGAUGGAUAAUAUAUAUGUUGCUGCUGGUGGCCGUGGUGUGUUGGCUCGCACUGGACACGGCCCAGCGGGGGACCAGACAGCUCGUGUCUUUCUUUGGUUUGCUGCUGUUCAUCUUCUUAAUGCUGCUGUUCUCCAAACACCCAUUCAGAUGGUGUUGGCGAACUUUGCUUUGUGGAACCGGGCUACAGUUUAUCUUCGGUCUGCUGAUUCUCAGAACCACAUCUGGAUUAAGUGCACUGAAAUGGCUUGGAAAGCAAGCAGAGAUGUUUAUGUCGUUCGCAGAUGUCAGAUCUAAAUUUGUUUUUGGUGACAGUUAUACGGACCACCUGUUUGCCUUUAGGGUGAUGCCUAUAUUGGUUUUGAGCUCGGUCAUCUCCAUUCUGUACUACGUUGGCUUCAUGCCCUGGCUCAUUUGCAAGAUUGGAUUCAUAAUGCAGGUUACCAUGGGAACAUCUGCGACAGAGUCAAUGGCUGCAGCUGGAAAUAUAUUCCUGGGAAACACUGACUCACCUCUACUGAUUCGUCCGUACAUCAGGGAACUAACAGUGUCUGAGAUCCACGCUGUGAUGACUGGGGGGUUUGCCAGCAUCUCUGGUACCAUUUUAGGAGCCUUUAUCUCUUUUGGGGUUGAGGCAUCACACUUGUUGACAGCAUCAUUAAUGUCUGCUCCAGCCUCUCUGGCCAUCGCCAAGAUGUUCUGGCCUGAAAAGGAAGCAUCCAUCAAAAUCUUCCAUCAUGACCUUAAAAUGGACAAAGGAGAGAGUCAGAAUGUGUUGGAAGCAGCAUCUCAGGGUGCAUCUCGUGCUGUAGGUCUGGUGGCCAACAUCAUUGUCAACCUCAUUGCCUUUCUUGCACUGCUGGCGUUUUUCGAUGCAGUCCUCUCCUGGCUGGGUGGGAUGUUGGACUGUCCGCAGCUCAGCUUCUCGCUCAUCUGCUCCUAUGUGUUCAUGCCACUCUCCUUCAUGAUGGGAGUUUCCUGGGAGGACAGUUUCAUUGUUGCUGAGCUGAUUGGCAUUAAGACCUUCCUCAAUGAAUUUGUGGCCUAUCAGAAGUUGUCAGAGUUAAUAAAGAGGAGGAAGGCAGGAGGGCCAGAAUAUGUGAACCAUGUAAAGCAGUAUAUUUCUGUCCACUCUGAAACCAUCGCAACCUACGCUUUGUGUGGAUUUUCUAACUUUGCUGCUUUGGGGAUGUCAAUAGGAGGACUGUCUGCCAUGGCUCCAGACAGACGAUCUGACAUCUCCAGCUGUGGCCGAAGAGCUCUGAUUGCAGGCAGCGUCUCCUGUUUCAUGACAGCUUGUAUUGCAGGUAUGUUGUACAUCCCUGAUCCUCAGUGUCAACAUUUCCUGAUCAGAGAAUUCAAUAAGACCAAUGUGACCAUCAGCCCACCACUGCUCACCUGCUGCACACAGCUUUAUAACAGUGUGACGGUGUAUGAGCCAUGGAACGUGACAGCCGGGGAAGGAUUCAGUCAGAGCAGUCUGCAAGGCUGCUGCACACUCAUACCGCCUAAACAUUUUAACUGCAGCUGGGCGCUGUGAGUCAACAGGAACAAAAACACACACCUAAACGCCAGAAACACGUGUUGCUUUUAUAAAACUAAUUUGCAUUGUUAAUUGCUUUUUAAAUGAAGCUCUCCUUCACUGCUUCUGUACCAAAAGAAAGCAUUUUUUUGCAUGUGUGUCAAUUAUUAUUUACAUUUACAGCAGUACAUAAAGUAAAUACAAUUAACUGUAACUGUAUGUUAUGUAAUUAACUGUAAUUUUUAAUCCAAUAAUAGAAAAUGUAUUCUUCUCAAGUAAAUGUCCUUAUACAUAAUGAGUACUUUAAGCUUUCAUACUGUAUGUAUAUCUUGAUAUAUUUGUACUGAAUGGUCGUAUUUUUCAUGCCUGACCUGCUUUUGAGUAUUUCCACAUUGUGGUGUUGCCACUUUUAUUUCUUUUACCACUGCUUUUUGAAAAUGUAGACCUUUCUUGACCAGUAGGAUUUCCUGAAAGUGAACAUAUCUUCCUAUUUCUGUUUCUUUUGAACAUACACUAUGCUGUAUGAAUGUAUUUGUUUGUUUCCUAUCUGUCUGUUGCAGUCAAUGAGGUGUCAAAUAUAAGUCUUAAGAUGA